AUGCUGAAUACCAGUCAGUUUUCCCGAGCUGUUCUAAGAGCAUGCUUGAACAGCAAAUCAUUGAGUCGUUCCCUGGCUACUGAUGCUACAUCAACAGCAGUGAAGCAAAAUAAAUCCCAGUUUUCACGAAGAACGCCAACUUCCGGUCUAUACGAAAUUCUCAACCAGAACGAAUUGAACUUCAAUGACUUACUCUCCAAAUUCUCUCAAGGAGUUGUAGAGCUACCAGAGAAAACCUCAGUUCUUAGUAUGACUAGCGUUGGACAUAAGUUCAUGAAUCAAUCAGUGAAACUCAGUGAGGAUAAGAGCGACGUGGGAACCAUUGAAUACCAAAUACUGAAAGUUUUGAUAAAUAACAAUUUGGCCCAUGUUUCCCACUUUAACCGUGUAUGUGCAAAUUAUUUGAGACAGAAUAAUGCUCAAGAGGCGCUCUCAUUGUAUGUUGAAAGCGUUGAGUAUUUGAAGCACCAUCCAGAGGCACUUGAAGUCAGAGACGACAAUUCCGAGUUAGACAGAAGAUUGGCUUUCCUUUUUAUUGCUUACAAUCAAGCUUGUAUAGCUAUGAGCAAACAGCCAGAGAGCUCUUAUUUUAAAGAAUUACUUCAAGUCUCAAAGGUUCCUAGCAUCUCUCAGCUUAAGAAAUACUUAUACGAGAUCAAGGCUUCGAAGAAGUUGAGUAGCCAAUGUUAUAAGAGCUUGGAAAAGUUCAAGUAUGAGUCUAUGAAGUACAACAAUCCAGAGUCAUUUUCUUUGGCAACAACCCUUAUUCUAGAGGGAAAAAUGAAAGAUGCCGACCAGAUUAUUGAACAGAUCAAAAGUUCCUCACCCAAGCCAUAUGACGAGACUACGUAUGCUCAGUUGAUGCAUCUGUACUCUUUGUCAAACAAUACUAAGGCUAGUCUUGCCUUAUGGGAAGAUAUGGUGUCUCAGGAUAUCCAACCCUCUAUCAGAUCUUUCAACGAAUUAUUAUACACUCACACAAAAUUGAGAGACUCUGAUGAAAAAUGUCUUGAAAAGUUGGAGGGAAUUUGGGAAUACCUGAACAAAUUUUAUCAGCCAAAUGCUAUUUCUUAUGAGUAUUAUUUGGUAGGCCUUAUCGCUUUUAAUCAACACGAGAAAGCUAUCCAGUUGCUGAAUCAGCUGCAAAAGGAAGCCGUAAUACCACUCACAUUGAAGAUGAAGGACAAUGUUUUGUCCAAGCUUCUGGACAAGAAUCAGCUAGCAGAUGCGGAAAAGCUUUUUAAACAAUUUUUGGAGUCAGAUGAAACUUAUUCGCCUCAAGUGUUUGUGUUCAAUAAGCUACUAUCAACAUAUAUCAAACACAAAAAGUAUGACCAAGCUCUUCAAAUGUUUGAAAAAAUGUCCCAGUACAAUGUUCAGCCUGACAUUGCUACCUACACAAUUAUCAUUUCGUUAAUGCUGAAGCAAUCAGUAAACGGGAAAGUAGAGUUUGAUCAAUUAACCCCCAUAUUCAAAGAAAUGAAACAAAAUGGUAUCCAUACGAACGCCGUGACUAUCUCGUCUAUGGUACAUAUUCUGAUGCAGGAUCCUUCCACCUUGGAAGUUGGAAGACUGCUUGUUGAUUACAUGAAAAAAGAAAAAAUGAACCUGAACUUCGUUACUUACACCUCUAUUAUCUCUUCAGAGUUUAAGUUUGGAGAUCCGUUUAUUGGCGAACAAUUUUUCAAGGAGAGCAUUUCAAAGGCUGGAAUUACUCCUUCAACUCCUUACUACAAUAUCCCAAUUGAAGGGUUCAGUAAGCAGAACAACCUGGAGAAGGCUAUUGCAUACUAUAACGAUCUGAAGAACAGUAAUACCAAAAUGGCCAAGCCCAAUCAUUUCACAUUCUAUCAUUUAAUUAGGUGCGCUGACAGAUUACAGGAUUCUGAAAGACUUCAGUAUUUGAUUAACGAGUUGGAUGCUGCCAGUAUUCAUUUGGGACGCUCUCUAGCUCCAAUACUGAAAAACCUAGAAAGAACCUAUCCUAAUAUCAAAAUACCAGAGAACCUGAACGAUCAGAUUCUGCAAGCGGAUGAGAAGAUGCAAACCAAAAGAACCUACGUGUAA